UAAGGCUCCACCCUCUGGUGAAAUUCCGUUUUUUCAGGGAGACCCCUGCUUGGACAGACAGAAGCAUCAGGUCCACUUACUUGCAACGAGCGUGAGCGAUAUUGUGGACAUAUCACGCGGAAAUUUAGAUUUAUCUUUGUUACUUCCCUCGAGCGGAGCUCAUAUAAUAUGAAGAAUAUGACGCUACGAAGGCUUAAAAAAGUUAACUCCAGUGAUCCUGCUGUUGGACUUUCGAGUCAAGACGAUAUUUAUUUUCCGUCUUCAAAGUCAGAGAGUUCUAAAACUAUGGAUUUACCAACCAAUUCCUCGGAGGUGUAUAAUUACAAGACUUUGGCUUACUCCGGCGGAACGUUGCCUAGAAACUUUAGAAAGAGUGGCGGGCUGCAGAAGUGGAAGCCCCUGGCUCAAACACCAGAGCCGCAGAGGAAAGUGGUUGUCCUGGAGAAAAAGGAUGAGGAGACAUUUGGCUUUGAAAUACAGACAUAUGGGUUGCACCACCAGGACCAAAACUCUGUGGAGAUGUGCACAUUUGUGUGCAAGGUCCAUGACGACAGCCCUGCCCAACAAGCCGGACUUAAAAUUGGGGACACCAUCGCUUGUGUGAACGAAGCCACCGUGGAUGGAUUUCGACACAAGGACAUUGUUCAGCUAAUCAGGGCCUCUGGAAACUCCAUCAGGCUGGAAACUGUAUACAGUGACAACAUUCGAAAAGCAGAACUGGAGGCCAGGCUUCAGUAUCUGAAGCAAACCCUACAUGAGAAAUGGGAUGAAUACAGAUCUUUGAUGGUGCAGGAGCAGAGGCUAGUUCACGGUAUUGUGAUGAGCGACGCCGCCAUCUAUGAGUCCCUGGAGUCUGCUGGGGUGUACGGUAGUCUGGGCGCCCCCAGCCCGGCCGCGAUGCGCGCCCUCCACUGCACCGGGAGCACCAGUAGCAGUGCUAGCCACCUGAGUGUCGCCACGGAUGACGAGCCCUUGUACCAGACUUGCCUGCCCCGGGACCACCAGGACCUCCUCAGUGCGAACGGUGACCUCGCCAGAACCACCGGCGGCUCAGAGAAAGGGCAACGGGAAGAGGAGAGGCCCCCGCAGGGUAAGCAGCGGCUGAUCCGCCCCGCCAGUGAGCUGUUCACCUCGGCCAAGACCCACCUGACCCGCAGUGCCAGCACGCGUAGCUACCUGCGUGGCUCCAACAACAACCCUCCGGUGGCGCCCGUGCAGAAGGCUCAGUCGGGGGGGUUCAGCUCGCUACAGAGGAAACCCAAACCGAAGAGCUUCCGCCGGCGCCUCCUCAAGUUCAUCCCCGGAUUGAACCGGCCGAUGGAGGAGGAGGAGAGCAAGCUAUGAGAGCAAAGACUGAACGCCCAGAGACUCUUUCUGACCCAAAGACUUAACGUUGGAUCUGACUCUUAACCAAAGAUUUGAAAUUGUGCCAAAGAGAGUGAAACCAAAUGCACAAUCCGUCCUUUUUCUAUGUUUAGAUAACUAGUCAUGUGGCCCAGUGGAGCCCGUGGUUCUUUUGGAUCUAAAGCACACUCCAGGUUUAGGAGACACCUGUCCUGUAUAUAUAAUGUACCUUAUUUCUGGAUUUCAUAAGUUAUUUAUUUAUUUUUUUGUAAGUUUGGAUUGAGGGAUGUUUGUUCUGUUUAUUUUUUGACAGUUACAAACAAAUAUCCCAUCGCAUUCAGCUUUUUGUAAGAGACAUAUUUGUUACUGUUUUUGUACUGUUCCCGUGUUGUCUUGGUAAACCUAAAAUAAAUAAGUGACGUUU